AUGGGGCAGAGCGCGCCCCGGACCCUCCUGCUGCUGCUGGCGGGGCUGCUGGGGGAGGCUCUGGCAGGGUUCCCCAACACCAUCAGUAUAGGUGGACUUUUCAUGAGGAACACUGUUCAGGAGCACAGUGCAUUUCGAUUUGCUGUGCAGUUAUACAACACAAACCAAAAUACCACAGAAAAGCCCUUCCAUUUGAACUAUCAUGUAGAUCACUUGGAUUCUUCCAACAGUUUUUCAGUGACAAAUGCUUUCUGUUCACAGUUUUCCAGAGGAGUUUAUGCCAUCUUUGGAUUCUAUGACCAGAUGUCAAUGAAUACACUGACGUCAUUUUGUGGAGCCCUUCACACAUCUUUCGUCACACCCAGCUUCCCAACAGAUGCGGAUGUGCAGUUUGUCAUCCAGAUGCGGCCAGCAUUAAAAGGAGCCAUCUUGAGUCUCUUGACUCAUUAUAAGUGGGAAAAGUUUGUUUAUCUCUAUGACACAGAACGGGGAUUUUCCAUUCUUCAGGCGAUUAUGGAAGCCGCAGUACAGAACAACUGGCAAGUGACAGCCAGAUCUGUAGGAAGCAUCAAGGAUGUUCAAGAGUUCAGAAGAAUUAUAGAGGAGAUGGACAGGCGGCAAGAAAAAAGAUACUUAAUUGACUGUGAAGUAGACAGAAUCAACACCAUUUUGGAACAGGUUGUAAUCCUCGGCAAACAUUCUAGAGGCUAUCACUACAUGUUAGCUAACCUGGGUUUCACAGACAUUGUUCUGGAGAGAGUGAUGCAUGGAGGUGCCAACAUUACUGGAUUCCAGAUUGUUAAUAAUGAAAACCCAAUGGUUCAACAGUUUCUACAACGCUGGGUGAGGCUCGAUGAAAGGGAAUUCCCUGAGGCCAAAAACUCACCAUUAAAGUAUACGUCUGCACUGACCCAUGAUGCAGUCCUAGUCAUAGCAGAGGCUUUCCGUUACCUCCGAAGACAGCGUGUGGAUGUCUCCAGGAGAGGUAGUGCUGGAGACUGCCUGGCUAACCCUGCAGUACCAUGGAGCCAAGGAAUUGAUAUAGAAAGAGCGCUGAAAAUGGUGCAAGUUCAAGGAAUGACAGGGAACAUCCAGUUUGACACCUAUGGGCGGAGAACAAAUUAUACAAUUGAUGUGUAUGAAAUGAAAGCCUCUGGAUCACGGAAGGCUGGUUAUUGGAACGAAUAUGAAAGAUUUGUGCCAGCAUUAGAUCAGCUUCCCUCUAAUGACACUUCAUCUGUGGAGAACAGAACUAUAGUAGUCACUACCAUCUUGGAAUCACCAUAUGUAAUGUAUAAGAAAAACCAUGAACAACUAGAAGGGAAUGAGAGAUAUGAAGGAUAUUGUGUAGACUUAGCUUCUGAAAUAGCAAAACAUGUUGGAAUAAAAUACAAACUGUCAAUUGUUGGAGAUGGGAAAUAUGGAGCUAGGGACCCUGAGACUAAGAUAUGGAAUGGCAUGGUGGGUGAACUGGUCUAUGGGAGAGCAGAUAUAGCUGUUGCCCCCCUCACCAUAACAUUGGUGCGAGAAGAAGUCAUAGACUUUUCCAAGCCCUUUAUGAGCCUGGGCAUCUCCAUCAUGAUCAAGAAGCCUCAGAAAUCUAAACCGGGCGUAUUCUCUUUCCUGGAUCCUUUGGCUUAUGAAAUUUGGAUGUGUAUAGUCUUUGCUUACAUUGGCGUCAGCGUAGUUCUUUUCCUAGUCAGCAGAUUCAGCCCUUACGAAUGGCACUUGGAAGACAGCAGUGAAGAACCACGUGACCCUCAGAAUCCUCCCGACCCUCCAAAUGAGUUUGGAAUAUUUAACAGCCUUUGGUUUUCCCUGGGUGCCUUUAUGCAGCAAGGAUGCGAUAUUUCUCCAAGAUCUCUCUCAGGGCGAAUUGUCGGAGGAGUCUGGUGGUUCUUCACUCUCAUCAUUAUCUCUUCCUACACUGCUAAUCUUGCUGCCUUCCUUACGGUGGAAAGGAUGGUUUCUCCCAUAGAGAGCGCAGAGGACCUGGCUAAACAAACUGAAAUAGCCUAUGGCACUUUGGAUUCAGGCUCAACCAAAGAAUUCUUUAGAAGGUCAAAGAUAGCCGUCUACGAGAAAAUGUGGUCGUACAUGAAGUCGGCCGAGCCCUCGGUGUUCACCAAAACGACGGCGGACGGGGUGGCGAGGGUGCGGAAGUCGAAGGGGAAGUUUGCCUUCCUGCUGGAGUCGACGAUGAACGAGUACAUCGAGCAGCGCAAGCCCUGCGACACCAUGAAAGUCGGCGGCAACCUGGAUUCCAAGGGCUAUGGUGUAGCAACCCCCAAAGGCUCAGCAUUAAGAAAUGCUGUUAACCUGGCAGUAUUAAAACUGAAUGAGCAAGGCCUCUUGGACAAAUUGAAAAACAAAUGGUGGUACGACAAAGGAGAGUGCGGCAGCGGGGGAGGUGACUCCAAGGACAAGACGAGCGCUCUGAGCCUGAGCAACGUUGCCGGGGUUUUCUAUAUCCUUGUCGGAGGCCUCGGGCUGGCCAUGAUGGUGGCACUGAUCGAGUUCUGCUACAAGUCUCGGGCCGAGUCCAAGCGAAUGAAACUCACCAAGAACACGCAGAACUUCAAACCUGCUCCCGCCACCAACACCCAGAAUUACGCUACGUACAGAGAAGGCUACAACGUGUACGGCACAGAAAGUGUGAAAAUCUAG